GGUGCACAUAAACCACGAUCACCAAAUUUGCCAUCGGGCAUCUGCUGAAUAAGAUCAAUCGCCAUAUAAAAAGUCUACCGACUCAGGUCCCUAUUCUUGAGGUGCUGGCCUUACCUAUGUACCCUUCUACGCCAUUCAAGAUCUAGACCAUCUCCUCUGGGAAUCGUGUCAGAUACCCUACGGUAGAGCCAUGAAGAUCAUAAUUGUCGGCGCUGGCAUCGCCGGUCUGUCAACCUAUCUACACCUGCUUAAGCACCUGCCCAACCCCACGACGCACACUCUCACCAUCUACGAAUCGCACAGCCCCCAGAAAAACUCACCUCCAAACCUAACAAGCCUAUCCUCGUUCUCAGAAUCAACAACCAUCGUCGGCGGUGGUCUCGGCAUCUCCCCCAACGGCAUGCGCAUCCUCCGCAACCUCAACUCCGCUCUUCACGACGCAGUAACAGCCCAAGGCUUCCCAGUCUCGCAUUUCGUCUUUCGCGGCGCGAAUGGUUGGGUCCUAGGCUCCUCGCCUACCUCCGACGCUACCGUCAGAAACCUCCUGUCAGAGGAAGAGGAAGUGUGUGUCGCGUCGUCCCGCCACGGUCUCCGCGAAACGCUUCUCCGCUUCGUUUCCCAAGCUGGCGGAAAGAUAAAGUACCACAAGAUCGCCCGGGUUUCACACGACACAGCCGGUCGGCCUUAUGUAGUCUUCCUCGCCCAAGACGGCGUAGAAAGGAUCGACGAAGCAGAUCUCAUCAUCGGCGCCGACGGCGUGAAAAGCAUCGUCCGCAGUGCCCUCUUCCCCUCUCCAGAGCACCAGCCCAUAUACACCGGCCUCUCCGGCAUCGGCGGCUUCAUCUCCAUGCCUCUCCCAAUACACACCUUGAAUCCUCCGUCUAUGCACUUCACCUUCGGCCGCGACGGGUUCUUCGGAUAUUCACCUGUGUCUACGGAGCCAGCGUCGUUGAUGUGGUGGUCUACGUACGAGACACCUCUGGAGCGCGCCGUUUCUCCCGUAGAGAUUAAGGACUUGCUAGGUCAACGGCACCGAACUUGGAAAGAUCCUGUUAUACAGGAUGUUGUUGCGCAGGCGGAGGUGCAGAGCGUCUACCCAACUUGGGCCCUGGGUGACCUGCCACAUUGGGGCGAGCGUGGUAUUGUUCUGAUCGGAGACGCAGCGCACGCGCUAGACCCGACAACCGGUCAAGGCGCUUCUCAAGCCCUCGAAGACAGCUUAACCCUUUCUCUCCUACUGUCCUCCAUAUCAACAUCAGACUCCUCCUCAAACGUCUCCCCAGGCCCCUCCUCUCCAACCUCUUCCUCAUCUGUAAGUCAACAACACCGCAUCGACACAGCGAUCAAACUAUUCCACCAGAUCCGUAGCCCGCGCGUCAACUCCAUCGUCCAACGCGGGCGGAAAAUGUCACGCCGCAAAAGAGACGUCGGCGUGGUAGCAGAGUACAUCACGUACCUCUUUCUCUGGGCGAUGACGCGUUGGCCUGCUGUAGCGCGGUGGAUGCUCGGAGACGUGAACAGGGAGUUGUACACGUGGGACGCCGCCACUGAAGUGCGGAAAGCAGUUGCAAGCUGGAAUAGUAAGGAGCAGUAGCCAGAACGCUCUUCGCUGAAGGGGGCUAGUGGAACCGCACCUGCGAUGUGAGCAAGGGAGAAAGCCAUGUAAUCUAGUCAUCUCAUCUUUAUCAUUAGGUAUCUCAUCCUCCUUUCUUC